AUGAAGUUCACUGCUGCUACCGUUGCUCUCUUUGCAGCAGGUGCAUUUGCUGCACCUUCAGGCCAUGGCCUUGCUGCCCGUGUCGCUGGACGCAACCGCCUAUCGCACCCCAAGCAGACCAAUAAUACCAAUGUUGACUAUUCUUCUAACUGGUCUGGCGCCGUGUUGACCUCGCCUCCAUCAGGCACCACUUUCACCUCCGUGUCUGCUCAGUUCACCGUCCCAACUCCUCAGGCUGUCAACGGCCAAGCAGGCUCAUCCUCCGCCUGGGUCGGUAUUGAUGGCGACACCUACAGCGCUGCCAUUCUUCAGACCGGCAUUGACUUUAGUGUUGAUUCCAGCGGUGCUGCCUCCUUUGACGCUUGGUACGAAUGGUACCCGGACUAUGCCUAUGACUUUUCCGGCAUCGACAUCAAUGCCGGAGACACCAUUGCUGUUUCUGUUGUGGCCAGCUCUAGCACUUCCGGAACCGCCACCAUCGAGAACUUGAGUACCGGCCAGACCGUUAACCAGGACCUAACUGCACCUGACUCUUCCUCUGCUCUUGGAGGUCAGAAUGCUGAAUGGAUUGUUGAGGAUUAUGAGUCUGGCGGCAGCUUGGUGACCCUUGACAACUUUGGAACGGUCACUUUUACCUCUGCCUCGGCUGGUCUUUCCAAUGGUGAAUCCGUUGGCACCGAUGGAGCUGAUUUGAUUGAUAUUGAGCAGAAUGGUCAAGUUCUAACAUCUGUCUCUCUUCCAAGCUCAUCUGAGGUUGCCGUUACCUAUGUUUAA